AUGGACACUGAUCUCAGUUCCCAGGACAGGAAGGACCUGGACAAGUUCAUCAAAUUUUUUGCUUUAAAGACGGUACAAGUAAUUGUCCAGGCCCGACUUGGAGAGAAAAUCUGUACCCGAUCAUCGUCCUCCCCAACAGGCUCUGACUGGUUCAAUUUGGCAAUCAAAGAUAUACCAGAGGUUACUCAUGAAGCAAAGAAAGCCCUGGCAGGACAACUACCUGCUGUUGGACGGUCUAUGUGCGUGGAGAUUUCCCUCAAAACCUCAGAGGGAGACUCCAUGGAGCUGGAAAUUUGGUGUCUAGAAAUGAAUGAAAAGUGUGAUAAAGAAAUCAAAGUUUCAUACACUGUAUACAACAGGCUGUCUCUACUGCUGAAGUCUUUGCUUGCUAUAACCAGGGUAACUCCAGCCUACAGACUCUCAAGGAAACAAGGCCAUGAAUAUGUAAUAUUGUACAGGAUAUAUUUUGGUGAAGUGCAACUGAGCGGCUUGGGAGAAGGUUUCCAGACAGUCCGUGUUGGGACAGUGGGCACCCCAGUGGGCACCAUCACUUUGUCUUGUGCCUACAGAAUCAACCUCGCUUUCAUGUCAACCAGGCAGUUUGAGAGGACCCCUCCUAUCAUGGGGAUUAUCAUUGAUCACUUUGUGGACCGUCCCUAUCCCAGCUCUUCACCCAUGCAUCCCUGCAAUUACAGAGCUGGAGAGGACAAUGCUGCAGUAUACCCCUCUGUAGAGGAUUCUCAAGAAGUGUGUACCACGUCUUUUUCCACCUCUCCUCCAUCUCAGUGUGUUUUUACUGUCACAAAGGCACACUUUCAGACCCCUCCUCCUGUGGUGACGGACACCUUGAAGGUCCCAGUGAUGGGACUGGCCUUUUCACAUCAACUUUCCAGCUCUCGUCUUUCCUAUCAGCCUGCUGCCCUGGGAGUUGGAUCAGCUGACAUGGGGUAUCCUGUACUCUUUGCCGGUGGCUUGAACGCUGCACACCCUCACCAGUUGAUCGGCCCAGGCAAAGAGGGGGGAGUUCCCCCAAUUCCUAGCCAGCCAGCACAUGGCACUCAAGCUGACCAAGAGAGGAUGUGCACCCCACUGGAUGGAGUCCACUACUCAGCAGCUACUCCUUCUAGUAGCGAGGACACAGAAACAGUAUCAAACAGCAGCGAAGGGAAGUGUGGCUCCCCACAUGACCUUCUGGAGACCAUCUUUAUCCGGAAGGUGGGAGCUUUUGUCAACAAACCCAUUAACCAGGUGACCAUGGCCAACUUAGACAUUCCUUUUGCCAUGUUUGCUCCCAAGAAUGUUGAGCUGGAAGAUAACGACCCCAUGGUCAAUCCUCCUGACUCCCCAGAAACUGCAUCUCCUCUCCAAGGCAGCUUACACUCAGAGGGCUCCAGCGGCAGCAGCACAGGGAACACCCACGAUGACUUUGUCAUGAUUGACUUUAAACCAGCAUUUUCAAAAGAUGACAUUCUUCCAAUGGACCUGGGGACGUUUUACCGCGAGUUUCAGAACCCUCCUCAACUCAGCAGCCUCUCCAUUGACAUUGGAGCACAGUCCAUGGCAGAGGAUUUGGACUCGUUACCAGAGAAGCUGGCAGUCCAUGAGAAAAAUGUCAAAGAGUUCGAUGCCUUUGUGGAAACCUUGCAGUGAAGCUGUUUUCCAGUUUUGCUGCAGCAGUUCUUCCUCCUCAAGGCAUCCUGGAGAAUGACAUCCACAACCAUCUCUAUCGCCUCUGCUCUGCCUUUUGUCUCAAUUUGACUAGUUCCUUCCAUCCAGUGAGCUCUCUUUGAUUGCUCUCUUCAACAGCAGAUGCAGCUCAUCUGCUGAUUGUCCUCAACUCCACCACCACAUAGUUCUGGACAGCUUUUCCUGCUCACAGUCAGUUUUGAAUUUAAGACUUCACUAGGGACAGAGGAAGUCAAGCUCCAAUGUAUGAAACUUAUUUUCUGUUCUGCAUGGAGGAGCUUUGUGAAAACUUGCCAUAUGCUUCCUCCAAAGGUCCUAUGGUGUGUAAGUUCCCUAGGGAUAGCUUCUUGCUAACAGACUUUUUCCUACAGUCUCUGAUCCUGUGAAAGCAUAGAAAGCUUUGGCUCGUUU